AUGUCGUAGUAGCUACUAGUUGGCUACUAAUAAACGAUGUUUGUUUUAAAUUAUCGGAGACGGCCUAAGACGAAAUUCGGAAUCGUCUCAUUUGUAAUUUUUCCUACUAUACGCGCACAAUAUAUACCUGCAGAGAAUAUGGCCGAAUCACAUAAUACCGAAACAAGUAAACAACAACCCAAGAAAUCGAAAAAAGGACGUCAUUAAGAAUAUCAUCAACCACAUCGAGUCAAGAUAAUGGAAACAGAACUUAGCAUAUUCGACAACUUCCGAGAAGCUCUAGAUUCCGCACGGUUGCGGAUUCGGCGGGCCUGAUCGCGGGCGGGGACUCUUCGAAAACCCUUCAACUGGACGACGAAUCCAGUACUGGACCAAAGACGACGUGGUCGCUGUGCCAGCUCGUGACGUUUCGUUGCAUAAUCCGUCUUGUUCGUCAAUUGAAUGCCUAUUGAAUGUAUUUUAAAAUCUAAUACCUUUGACUACUGUGCCAGCCCGUGGAUUCCGAUGGGUUUGCCAGAACUGUACUAGAACGUAUACUCGGUGACUCCAACGUGUUCAAUGACCGAACGUACGACGUAUAAUGUAAUAAACCGUGGUAAGUGCGUCAUGCGAUCGAGGUUACCAUUUGCGACUUCUUCAAGCUUUGGCAGCCGUGGCUGUGGAUAAACCCAAAUUGGGAUGGCAUUAAUGUUUUGUGAAUAUUGAUAAAACACACUAAAUGCCAAUCGAUUCUAGAAAAACACUCACAGUACUGUUAUUGGAGACAACUACCAGGCGUAGAAAUACACUGAAAUGAAGAGUUGAGCGUAUAUGAAGUUUAUGGAAACGUAGACAAAAUAUAUUGCCAAACACUCUGUCAAAUUGGAAAACUAUUUUUGAACCUUAAAAUUCUGGACCCUGGCGUUAACCCGUUCUUAUUUUAUAACCUGACGAAAAUGACAAAUUUAUAAGUGGCAGUCAUUUGGUUGCGGGUUAUUCAUUUAAAAACUAAAAUAUAUUGUGGAAUAUAGUAACAUGUAGCUUGUAUCGUAAUUAUGACACAGUAUCAAAAACAAAGGUAUUGACUAUGAACAAAUUCUCAUCUAAUUCAGUUAUCUUCUAUCUAAAAUUGAAAGACAACCCUCAUUCCGGCUUGGGUAAAAUAACAAACAAUGCAUAUUGGAAAGGUGUUAUACUAGAAUAUUUAGAUAAACACAGAGGCAUUGACAACAUAUGCGUUAAUGAUGUUGGCAGUGAAACUGGUUUAAUGAGACAAGAUACAUAACAGAUAAUUUCUAAUCGCUAAACAUGGUUGAGGAAAUCUAUAAUGAAAUUAUAACAUGUAUCAAAUCAGUUCAGUAGUUCCAGAGAUUACCCUCAACAAUGUUGCACACUUGCGUGACCCGUCUGAUUGGGCGUUUGAAGAUCAAAAUCCGGUACGAUGACGACCAACUAUCUGAAACGACAACGUGACCCCGACGACGAAAUCGUCGUCUUCCCGGCCUACUUGUCCACCAACUCUGCUGAUACUAUGACCACCAGCUCCGCGAAUACCGACACUACCACAAUCCUGGACUUGCCGACCGAAUUGAUUGAGUAUAUUUGCUGCUAUGACUCGAUGCAAUUGAUUGACAUCUUGAACCUUGCUGUUUCGCAUUCCAAACUCAAAAAAUGCUUAUUCCACGAGCAAAACUCUCGCCUCUGGAAAUCCAAAUUCAUACAAAAAUACGGUAUGUUGGACAAUGAGGAAUAUGGAGUUGUUAUCGACGAACAAAACACUUGGAAAGACGAGAUCAUGUUGCGUAUAAGUUUGGAUAAAGCUGUACCUCCUGAAAUUAUACAAAUGCCACAGAAGUUCAUGAAGUUUGAAAGUAUACCAUAUCAUUUAUAUCCGUUUAGUAAAUAUUUACACUCAAAAAAUGAAGGCCAUAAAUAUUAUAUUCUAUCAGCAAUUGCAGCUUAUUGUAAAAAACUACCGAGGCACGAAUGUAAUGAAAAUUAUGAUGUAUUGUACAUGGCUCAUCAAUUUCUUAUGUAUUCGUGCCAAGUGUAUUUUGGUUACAAGUUACGUAAUUUCUUAAGUUUACCAACGGCAGAACAAACUGUUGAACGAGGAUUUCACUUACUUGAACGUUGGUGGUGUCCUACGGUUAUCAUACCAUAUCACGAUAUAAAUGAAAGUUUAAAUAAUAUAGCUAUUGAUGUGUGUAAUCGCAUUUAUUUAGCAAGCCCAGUCCAUCCUCUGUUUGAACAUGACAACUGUUUGAAACAAAUUGUUGAACGAGGAAAAUUCAAUCUUUAUAAUGAUUUAUUUGAUGAAACCAGCACAAUGUUUAUACUUGACCACAUAAGACAAAUCAUAUUUUCAAAUGAUCAACUGGUGUGUUAUUGUACCAAUGACUUAAAUUGCUUUUUGUUGCAGCAGGUUAUUGAACGGAGAAAAGGUUCUGUAUUUUUGCUGUGUGUAAUAUUUGAAUCGGUUGCUAGACGAUUAGGAGUAAAAGUUUGUAUAACUGCAACGUCUGUUCACAAUUAUGGAGACAAUUUUGUAUCUUGGUCAUCUUCAUGGCCAGGAAACAAACGUAACAACCCUACAUGGUACUUGGUAGACAUUGCUGAUCGUGGUGUCAUGCGGAAGGCUACAGUUUGUCCAGCCUCAAGAAAAUUGCCAUUCGGGUAUACUGGAAUUUAUAUACUUAACUUAUUUUGGACAUUUAGUGAAUGCGUGGAACAGAUCUUUGGGCCAGGGAUAAAAUCAUGUAAAUAUAUUUGGGAUUUCCAAAAACUCUUAAAACCUGAUGAUUCUUACCUUCAGUGUCUAAGUCAAAAACUACUUGAGGUAUAUGGCUAUUGUCAAUGUCCCUUACUCAGAAAUCCGGCUAAUCCAGAUGCUCCAAACCAUGAAGAUGAGAUGAACAAUAUUCACAAACAUUGGCAAGACGUUUUCCCCAUAGAACCAAGAACACGUGGUGAGAGUUAUGAUCCUAAAUUUUCAAUUGGGAUGAUGAUUGAAUAUCCUAACUGUCAUUCAAGCAGAUCCACUACACGUGGUAUUAUUGUGGGCUGGAAAAUAGUGUGGUACGAAAACACCCCAAAAACUGUUUACUUUGUACUUGGCAAACAUUAUAUAAAAAACAUUCAAAUUUUUGAAAACGCCAAAUUUGUCAAAUUUGAGGAAGACGGAUCUGGAGAAUUGCAGCGACAACUAAACCCAGACAAUUACAUUGCCAUGAACAUUGGCAAGUUUUUCACACAUUUCAGUCAUGAGUUGUGCGCUUUUGUGCCGAUUAAUAGUUUGGCACAAUUUUAUCCCGAUGAUCUAUCUUACUCUUAUGUUCAGUUAUAAUAAAUAAUAUGUAAUACAUAGUAAUAUAUUAUAAUGGUAUGUAAAUAAUUAUAUGUUUUUUUAAACAAUUUCCAGUAUACGAACUUCCGCGUAUCCAAACUAGGUACGAUCCCAAUUAGUUAGAAUAAUCGAGGUUCUACUGUAAUUUGUUUUAUAG